CAAAAAAUAACACUAACUUACUUUGCAUUACAAUCGGAAACGACCAAUCACGUGCCAGGUAAACGUUUCAGAAAUAAACUCUGAAAUCACUUCAAUGUUUUCAAUUUCAUGAUCUGGUGCAUAGUUUAGGAAAAUACAAAUUAUAUUAAAAGCUAGUUGGAUUUUCCUGCCAACAAGAUAAACUUCUCGUACCUAGCGAAUUUUAAAUUUUAUUAGAAUUUGGCAUCACUGCUCUCCAGCAUUCCUUAACACUUUGCUUAGCGUUUCCUUCGAGUUCAAGAAGAUUGUCCGCACGUGUGCCUGUCCACCCGCUCUUCUCGCCCUUAUUGAAUCCUUCUCCAUCGCAAUCACGCACUCCUUCCAAUCAUAUUCCGAUGAUUCGACGAUUCCUUUCCGUCCAUUCAGCCACCGCCGUGGUGCGUGUACCCUAGCUCUACCGAAUGCAUGUGAGCGUGUAUCGACGGUCAGCAGUGUGCACACCCACCCCCAACAUCAACUUCUCUACCUUAGCUUGUAUCUCCACAACGACGACGACGACGACGAAGCAGAGAAUGUGUGUGAGUGCGGCGCCUCCGGACCAAGUGUAGCGUUAACUUCUAUGUUGUAAAAUUGUGAUGCAGUUAUUAAACAACUUUCGUCACAUGCAUGAAUUUCUUCCUUUCAACGCACAGCAGCAGCAGCAGGACGCGACGCGACGGCUAAAGGCUUCAUCCUUACGCGCGGCACCGUCAUUUCUUCGCCAACUUUCGUGGAAGAAAAGUGCGUGAAUUGUUCGAGAGUCCGCGCGCCGUUCUGAGGUCCCUUUUCCACCGAGGAGGGGACCACCCCCGUCGCAGUUACACACACAUCCCAUCUCGUUAGCUAACCAGAAAAAAAGAAAAAAAUCUGUUUUCGGCAUUUUUUUGGCAUUUCGUGAUACCAUUGCUUUUUGGCUUUAAAUAUCUUAGUUCAGUCAAAAGAAAAAGAAAAAAAUCAAGUGCAAUAAGAUAAGUGCUUUCUAAAAAAAAAUUCAAAAUUUUCCCUUCGAUCGAACAGCUACCGACUACCGUGCGGCUCCAUUCGCCAUUCAAACACACACACGCGCCAGAAGCGAAGCGAAAGAGAACAAAUCAACCAGUGCGAAAUUGUGAUAAUUGAGCAAAAGAGCAAAAUGUUUUCGAUUGAAUCAAUUUUAAAGUCUCAAAUCUCCCAGAGAGUCAGAAUGCAGAUUCAGCACGUACGGGACCUGUGUGCCGUGCCGGGAGCGGCCGCCGAGCUCAACUGCACCGGUGAUAUCCUGUCGGUGCAGAACCUGCUGCCGCAGUUGGCCCCACCGGAGAACAAACCGCACCAGUGCCAGCAGUGUCUGAAGAGUUUCUCCUCCAACCAUCAGCUGGUGCAGCACAUCCGGGUUCACACCGGCGAGAAACCGUACAAAUGUUCCUACUGUGAUCGCAAGUUCAAGCAGCUGUCGCACGUCCAGCAGCACACCCGGCUGCAUACCGGUGAACGCCCGUACAAAUGCCACCUGCCGGACUGCGGUCGUGCGUUCAUUCAGCUGUCGAACCUGCAGCAGCACUUGCGCAACCACGAUGCCCAAGUCGAGCGGGCCAAGAGCCGACCGUUCCAUUGCAAUCUGUGCGGUAAAGGAUUCGCCACCGAGUCCAGCCUACGAACGCACACUUCCAAGGAACUUCAACUACAUCUCGGUGUUCUGCAGCAACAUGCUGCUUUGAUUAGCAACUCGAACAGCGUGACGUGCAAUGUCUGUAGCAAGAUCUUCCUGGGCGUGGACGCCCUCAACGAACACAUCAAGUACUCGCACAAAGAAGUGGCUGUGAAGCGAAGAGUAGCGAACCAUCCGUGUCCGAUGUGCGGUAAGCACUACGUCAACGAGGGCUGCCUGCGGAAGCACCUGUUGACGCAUCCACGAACGGCCGGAGCCGGGCCUCCCUUCCGCUCCAAUCUACAGAUGUGGCCCUGCUCGGUGUGCCAGGCUGUGUUCACUCACGAAUCCGGUCUCAUCACCCACAUCGAGCACAUGAAGAUGGAUCCGAAGCACCAGUUUGCCGCCCAGUACAUGUUCACCAAAGCGGUCGUUGAGCAGCGCGAGAAGGAAUCCAAUGCGCUCGGGUUGGGAAGCAGCGGUUCGCAUCCGAUGAUUUCGGUGAAGGAGCUGACGCAGAAUAGUAUUUCACCGUUGAACUAUUCGGAGAACUCGUCGACUAUGGGAUCGGAAAAGAAUGGCGAAGGUGGCGGAGGUGGUGGCGGAGGAGGUGGACCCGGAAGCUUUGAGAAUCAUCGGUUAACGAAUGCGGCGGCAGCUGCGGCUGCCGUUGCCAGCGGUCACGGCAAUCCGUUCGGGAUGGUACCCGGUGAUAACAACAACAGUCAGUUUUCGCGUAUGAUGAUGCUACAGGAGCCGAAGUUCGACCCGGAUUUGAUGUUACCGACGGAUGGGACUUCGUCCGCCGUACAGGCAGCAGUCGUCAACUUGGCUACGGCGAUGCGCAUAGGACAAAGCUUCAAAAACAAUUCGAUCCACGGGGAUCACCUUGGCCAACCGAGCAUGGGACCGCUGAAGAAGAAGAGCAAUUUUAUCAAUUUUAACGAAAUGAAGUACCCACUGGCGAAUCGACAGAACUACUCAUCGGUCGAUUCGCCGGUUGGUGCCGGCGGUGGAGGUGGUCUCGGUUCGGGUCCGAACCCCUGCGGUCCAUCGUCCGAGACGGCCAUCCGAAUUCAGCAGGCGGAAGCGAUUUUAAGAUCUCAAGCGGAAGCGGCUCUUCGGCUGGCCGUUUCACAGGCUCAAGCCGUAGUGUCCUCCAAUGCCGGAGGAGGAGGUGGCGGCGGUGGUGGGCAUGUUAGCAGCCACAUAGGACACUUGGGGAAUCACCCGUUGAUGGGCAGGUGCAAUGAUGAGAAUCGAUCAAACGAAAAUUGUCCCCCCUUUGAUCCGCACGGGGAUCAACUGAGGGCGGUCAUGAGAGAACAUCACGCUCACCAACAGCAGCUGCAACAGCAGCACCAGCAGCAACUUCAGCAACAGCAACAACAGCAACAGCAGCAGCAAAAUAACGAUGAGUGCCAUCAAUACUCGCAGAGUCCGGUGCCGAGGAACGGGCUGGACCUUACCGACGAGUUCCUAAAAAGUGAAAACGUACUGAAAGGGUGAGAGUAGAUGUAAAUUUUGAUGCCAUAUUAUAUUUAAUUUAAAUCAAUACAAAUCAAUGGGACGAAGAGGAGACAAGCGGCAAAUACGGUGCAAGAGUUAGUAGAGGAAUUAGGUACGAGAAGGUGGAAUAGGGGGAGGGGGAUGGGAUGAGAAGGUUCGAAGGAACAGAGGAUAACCGAAAACCUACACAUUUGAUUAUUAUACGAUAAUCUGGGACUUGAAUGUGUGAAUCAAUAACUAAAUGAUAAAAUAAUAAAAACUGAUGCAUUAUGCCAUAUUAUAAAGUA